AAAUUAUUCAAUUGAUUAAAAGUUCUGUGUGAAUUUAUAAAAGUGUCAAAUUAUAAGAUGCCUCCUAUAAAAACACGUUCGAAUCGUUUAUCUACGAAAAAACCAAAUUUUUAUUACAAUGAGGAAGAUUAUGAUGAUGAUGAUGAUACUGAAAUGUAUGAAAUAAUUGGGCCUAAAAUGGAUGGGGGACCGAAUGUGAAAUAUUUCGAGUCUCCUGAAACAUUGGCCGCUUUAGAAGGCGUCAAACAAUGGCUGCAGAAAAACGGAAAGAAGUAUCUUCAAAAUGAGCCCAUUACAAACAAGACAAUUUCGACAACAACAGUGCAGUUCAUGCAGUUUCAGGAGGAUUUUCUGGGCAAAAAUACGCAGAAACCACCCAUGAGUCGGAUACCUGUAAAAUUUUUCUUGGAUUUUAAAUCUGGAGGUGGUUUAUGCCAUUUGCUGCUAGCUGCGUAUAAAUUCAAAAGCGAACAUAACUGGAGACGGUUCGAACUGCCUUCGGGAAAGAAUAUAUCGAAGCUAGAAAAAGUGUAUGAGAUGUUUCAAUCAAUGGAAAAAGCUUUGAUAAUCGCGAAAUUGUACACACUACCCAUAGUUUAUAUCAGACCUGAAGUAGAGAAAGGCGUUGCUCAAAAGAUAAGAGAAAUUAUCAGAAGAAGGAACGGUCAGAUUGUCGAGACCGAGGAAACGGCAACCCACAUUAUUUACGGAGCAGUCGAUCCUUUAAAAGACGCAUACGGUAGACCUGUUUACAAAAGAGAUAAAAUGGUGAUGAUGCAUUGGUAUUAUUUUCCCAAUUCGUUCGAUACUUGGGUGAAUCUGGAAACAGCAGGAUUGGAUAGUUUACCUAUGGAAAAUAAUCCCAGCCCGCAUUUGGGUCCUUGGAGAGUCAGUUGCACUUGGGUGUACGAGACGGAUCAAUACAACGAAUGGAUGUCUGAAGAAGACUAUGAGGUUGAUGAAGCAGGAAUAAACAAAGUACAUCCUAGGUUGAUGUCCGUCGAGGAUUUGAUAAAUCCAUCUGAAGACAGAAACAAAAAGAACAAAGGAGGGAAAAGGAAGCGUUCCCCAUCGCCUCCGUCUAAAGUAGGCAAGAGGAAAAGCGGCAGAAGUCCAGCUGUGGGAAAGAAAACAAGACCUGAGGAUCCCGAAUCGGAAGAUCUUACGAAAGACAUGGAUGAACCUACACCGGAGCCCAACAUCGUGGAAGUCAAUCCCAAUUCCCAAAAUAAUCAGCUCGCUAAGAAAGAUCACGAGCUUCAACCAUUGAAAGGUGGAUCAAUUACAGAUUUAGAAGAUACUGAGGAAAGAGGCGAUGAUUCUCAAACUGGCAAAAAUAGCGACAGCAAUACUCAAGAUGAUGGGCAAGAGGAUAACGUUACAGAACAAACCCAUCACAUUAUUAUUCCAUCUUAUUCUGCUUGGUUUGACUACAAUUCAAUUCACGAAGUUGAAAAACGAGCGAUGCCCGAGUUUUUUAACGGCAGAAACAAAUCUAAGACACCAGAAAUAUACUUGGGCUACAGGAACUUCAUGAUAGAUACUUACAGAUUAAAUCCUACCGAAUACAUAACUAGCACUGCUUGUAGACGUAAUCUUGCUGGCGAUGUUUGCGCUAUCAUGAGAGUACAUGCUUUUCUAGAGCAAUGGGGUCUUAUCAAUUAUCAGGUCGAUACUGAUUCAAGACCAACUGCUAUGGGUCCACCACCUACAUCCCACUUUCACAUACUUUCGGACACUCCAUCUGGUUUGCAAAUCGUAAAUCCUCCCAAAACUCCUCAGCCCAGCGCGGCGAAAACAUUAUUAGACCUUGAUAAGACUCAGGAUAUCAAGAAACCAGAAGGUACCACCGAAAUAUCUACUUUCGGUCUGAAAUUGGAUCAGUAUGCUAAGAAGCCAGCUGUACUCAGAAAUAAAAGUGCUGCUUCAUUAACUAGAGAUUGGACAGAACAAGAAACGCUUUUGUUGUUAGAAGGACUCGAAAUGUAUAAGGACGAUUGGAACAAAGUUUGCGAGCACGUUGGUUCGAGAACACAAGACGAAUGCAUUCUUCAUUUCUUAAGGUUGCCCAUUGAAGAUCCUUAUUUAGAAGAUCCAGAAGCUGGCGGGGCUUUGGGACCAUUAGCCUACCAACCUAUUCCGUUUAGUAAAGCUGGCAAUCCGAUAAUGUCUACAGUUGCAUUUCUGGCUUCUAUCGUUGACCCAAGAGUUGCUGCAGCUGCAGCAAAAUCUGCUAUGCUCGAAUUUGCAAGUAUUAAAGACGAAGUUCCGGCUUCAGUAAUGGAUGCUCAUUUGAAAAACGUCGAAGCUUCGAGCGCUGAAGGCAAAUACGAUCCUGCUGCUAAUCUCGCUCUCACAGGCAUCGCAGGAACUGUACCUGAUAAAGAAGAAGACGACAAAGUAAAGAAGGAAGACGUCAAAGACGAGGAUAAAUCAGGCGAGGAGAAGAAAAACGGCGAGAGCCAAGAAGACAAGGGCAGCGAUAAAGUUAAAUCUGAAGCAUCCGAUAGUGAGAAGGAAGAAAAAAUGGACACGUCAGAGAACAAACCCGAACGAGUCGUAAAAGACAGUGAAAUGCAAAGCGCCGCCGCCGCAGCGCUGGCUGCCGCAGCUGUCAAAGCGAAACACCUUGCGGCUGUGGAAGAAAGAAAAAUAAAGUCUCUCGUAGCCCUUCUGGUGGAAACUCAGAUGAAAAAACUCGAAAUUAAACUACGUCAUUUCGAGGAACUUGAGACGACAAUGGAAAGAGAGAGGGAGGGGCUUGAAUAUCAAAGGCAACAAUUAAUAACCGAGAGACAGCAGUUCCAUUUGGAGCAAUUGAAGGCGGCCGAAUUCAGGGCGAGACAACAAGCCCAUCAAAGGCUGCAGUCUGAGCAGGGACAAUGGGUGUCCCAGCAACAGCAGGCCGCACAUUCAGCCCCACCGCCCGAAAGUGGCCCGAGUACGACUCCAACGCCACCAUCUCCUCAAGCCUCGGCGGUAGCGUCUCCACAAGCCCCCCCUCAUAUUCAUAUAUAGUCUAAAAAGUUAAUUUCUAACCAAUGGAUUAUGUAAUAUCUAAUUGCUACUAAAUAUCAUUUACUUUUUUAAUUUAGAAAGUGUAAAAUUGGAUAAAAUUCAUGGUAUUGCUCUUCAUUAUACAUGUAUACAAAGUUAGGAAUAUUUAUGCUAUAUUAAAAAUUCCACAUCAUUAUUUUGACUUUUGUAACAAAUUAUGGAUUAAAUAAUUAACUUCAUUUUUUAUUAUGUUCAUUCAUUUAUAGCAUUUUACUUACUACUUGUAUUAGAAAAAUAAUAGGUACAUUUUGUUAUUAUAAAUGUAGGCUUUUUAUUUUUUAACUUUAGUAGUACUUGAUAUUUAGUAUCACAUUAUAAGUUUUAUUUUAGAAAUAAAUUU